GACAUACUUGAUACCACAACCAAACUCCCCGCAGCCUUUUGACGGCUUUGGCCAGCUGAAUCUUUGCAACCCGGGCAUCAUGGCUGCCAUGCAAGACUUGCUGCAUGCCCUGCUAAAUCCUUCCCCUCUGGGUCUGGCAAUUGCGAUCCUGCUCGCCGUCACGAUCCCCAUCUUCCUCCACUCAGUCGUCUUCCGAAGCAGCGGCCUCACUACAUUACCGUCAAUUCUCUUGAUCGGCCCCAGCGGCUCUGGCAAGACAUCUCUUAUUACUUUAUUCGAACGUGGCACAAAGGCAGCUGCCACUCACACUUCUCAAACCCCAAUAGCUGUCGAAUGCUCAUUACCAGUUGGAGCCGUAGCUAGCUCGGACAAAUAUCGCUCAGACAAUGAUCCGACGAAUCAGACGCACAAGAAGUUCCUCUUGAUCGACACUCCCGGCCACGGAAAGCUCAGGCACCACGCCCUAGCGAGUCUCACCAACCCGCAGAAUCUGAAGGGGCUUAUCUUCUUGGUGGAUGCUGCUACACUAUCAGCUGGAGAUGAGGGGUUGAGGCAGACAGCAGACUAUCUCCAUGAUGUCUUGCUCUUAUUGCAGAAGAGAGUGACUGGGAGUAAAGCUGCGAAAGCAAUGAAGGAGAUCCCAGUCCUGAUCGCUGCGAACAAGAUGGAUCUGUUCAUAGCGCUUCCCGCAGCCCUUGUGAAGAGUAGCCUCGAGGCUGAGAUUACAAAGGUCAGGACAUCUAGGUCAAAAGGCUUGCUGGAUUCGGGUAUUGGAAUGGGAGAUGCUGAGGACGAGAAGGAUGACUGGCUGGGAGAGAUGGGUUCCACCAGCUUCAAGUUCUCUCAGAUGGAAGAGUUUGAUAUCUCGGUUGAGGUCUUGGGUGGUAAUGUGGUGGGAGGAGAAGGUCCAACGGUUGAUAAGUGGUGGAAAUGGAUCUCAGAGAGACUUUGAGAAGCUCCGAAUACAUUAUUGCGAACUAUCGAAAGUGUUCUAGCAGUGCCUCUCAAUAGACCUGGCGAGUUAGUACUCAGCAAUAAGUCUAGCCGCAACUUGAUGCACUCCGGGCAUUCUCCGAGUCCCAUCCUCCAGAGAUGUUCUUGUGUCUUUAAGACGCAUAAGUCUCCUCCAGGGAUGAUCGUGUCUUU